AUGGAAAAGGAUCAUGCUAACCGCUCUAAGCAGCUUGCUUUUAGCCUCUCUAAAUUUGAUGACUGGAAGAUAAGAAUGCAGGCCCUCCUCUGCUCCAUACAUGACGAGAUGUGGGACGUAAUAACAACUAGACCAAUUAUAGUUAUGAUGGUGAACACACAAGUCGCAGCUCAAGGGGCCGGUGCUGAGCAAAUGAUACCGAAGCCAAAAGAUCAAUACACCUCGGAAGAAAGGACAAGAGCAAACCUGGACAAUGUAGCACGAAACAUCCUCUACAACUCCCUUGACGACUCCUUGUUCCCUAGAGUCCGAAAGUGCAAGAAUGCCAUGGAAAUAUGGAAAGUUCUUAUGGAACUGGGAAAAGGUGAUGAACAGGAGAAGGACAACAAAUUGACUGUAACUAUGAAGAAGUUUGAAGACUUCAAAAUGCUUCCAAAUGAAACAAUCAUGGACAUGGAGCUGAGGUUUACCAGACUCAUGGGAGAUCUGACAGAUCUUGGGAAGGAACUAUCUGAAAAAGAAAAGAAUCUGAAGAUUCUUCGUGGUCUGCCAAAAUCUUGGGAAAUAAAAGUCAUUGCAAUGAGAGACAAUCGAGACAUGAAAACAACAAGCACAGCAAAGAUUUUCAGUGAUCUUAAGGCGUACGAGUUUGAACAUGAACCGAAAGAUGUCGAAGAAUCAGAAACAAGAAAUGUAGCUCUAGUGGCUAGUCAACAAGCAACAAACUCUAACAGGUCAAAAUCUAACUCUUGUGAAUUCUUAUCUGAUGAGCAAUAUGCCCUAUUUGUUAGGAAAAUGAAGAGGUUCAUGAGGAAGGACAACUUUCAAGACUCACAUCGCUCGGGCCACCGAAAGCAACACGAAAGUUCACCUCAAACUUCAAAGGGAGAAACCCCAGACUCGCAAUUGCUGUGCUACAACUGUCGUAAACCAGGACACUUCAAGGCCAAUUUCCCCCACCCAAUAGUGAGCAAACAUCAAGACAGCAACGCUACCAAAAGCCCAUCUAAGGAGACUGGAGAGAGAUAUAAAAGAAAUGACAAGCCGGAAUCAUCAAGCUCCAGAAAUGAAAGAAGAAAAAAGGCGAUGGUAGUAAACGAAACUUCUGACAAUGUUGAGGCCGAAAGUAGCUCCUCAAGCUCGAGUUCAGACGACGAAAGUACUGAAGAGGAAAAAGGUCUACUGUGCCUGUUUAGCCAAGAAUCAGAAGAUCUAUGUCUUAUGGUUGACGAAGAUGAGGUAAACUCUCACUCAUCCUCUUGUUAUUCAGCUGAGUCCAGUUCUGUAGGAAGUCAAACCUCCAAUGAAUCUGUUACCGAAAUGAUGAGGAGGAUCAAAGUGAUCAAAAACACAUACUCCAAACUUAAGGAGGAGAACUCUCGGCUCAUGAUUAGCUACAAUGCUCUAAGGCAAGUUCGGGUUGAGAACAUAAAGCUAGCUAUUGACAAACAAGUCAUAUGGUAUGUCGAUAGUGGGUGCUCAAGACAUAUGACUGGUGACAAAACAAUGUUGAGCAAUUUCAAGGAAGUUGAUGGACCUAAAGUUAUAUUUGGAGGAGAAAACAGUGGCAAGACUCGUGGAAAAGGAGACAUAAUCAAACAGGGAAUAACCAUACAAGAUGUAUCAUAUGUUGAUGGACUAAAGUUCAAUCUUCUAAGCACAAGCCAAUUUUGCGACAAAGGAUACAAAGUCGAAUUCUCCAAAAACGAGUGUAAAAUCGUGAACACAAAGGAUGGCAAAAUCGCGUUAACUGGCCAACGAAAGAAAAAAAUGUAUGUAAUCUCGUGGAAUUCUUCUAAUGCUAACGUUUGCUUUGUGGCUAAAAGCAAUGCAGAUCUCAGUCAAGAAUGGAACAACAAGCUGAGUCAUCUGAAUCUAAAGAUAAUCAACAAACUUGCCAAAAGGAAUCUCGUGAGAGGGUGCUUCAUACACAACAAUGGAAAGAAUCAUUUGACGACCUUUGACGAAAGAGCAGACGAAGGUUUGUUCAUGGGUUAUUCCUCAAAUCCAGCUGGAAUUGAAUCAUCAACUAAUCCACCUCUCAACUCUCAAUUAAAUGAAGAAGAGGUUUCAGAUGAUGAAGAGGACAUAUUAUCUUCCUACACGAAAUAUCAGUUGAGAAUCUCAGAGCCCGAAACUACAACUCAAGAAAAACUUGUCACACAACAAAGUGCUCCUGAUGCUCCUACACCAUCCGAACCAAUGAUAUAUGUUGAGCUACCAUAUAUUCCUGAAAUGGAUGCUCAGAAUCAGCAAAAUGCCUUUGAACCCGACCUUAGAUGA